CAUGUUAUCCCUGGGAUUCAAACUUUCCCCUAAUUCCAAUAUUACACUUACCAACAGAAACCAAUACAAUUUUCGUACCAAAUUCCACAAGGUUCUUGCAACUACUACUAGCAGAUCAAACAGUGAUAAUGUGGAGCUUGGAGGGCCGGAAGUGGCACUGCCGGAGGGCCUCAAGCGAGAAAUGAUGCCGAAACACUUGGCGGUCAUUAUGGAUGGUCACAGAAGGUGGGCAACACAGAAAGGCUUGACCGUAGAGCAAGGUCACCGUGCUGGCGGAGAGAAACUUCAAGUCCUCACUCGCCUUUGUAGCAAGUGGGGAGUCAAAGUUCUCACGGUGUUUGCAUUUUCUACUGAAAAUUGGAUUCGCUCUAAAGAGGAGGUUGACUUUCUCAUGGAGUUAUUUUUAGAUAUGGCAAGCUCACAAGAAAAAUUGGAUGAGUGGACAAGGGAUGAUAUACGAGUAUCAUGUAUUGGGGAUAAAUCAGUCCUAACCAAGUCUUUACGGGGAGCUCUCACUGUGAUGGAGGAGAAGACGAAAUCUAAUACGGGACUGCAUCUUAUGAUUGCAAUCAAUUACAGUGGACGACAUGAUAUAUUACAAGCAACCAAAAGCAUUGCCAGUAAAGUAAAUAAUGGACAUUUAGCUGUACAAGACAUUGACCAGAGCCUUUUUAAACAAGAACUGGAAACUCGUUGUGCCGAAUUUCCUGAACCAGAUUUAUUAAUUCGAACAAGUGGAGAGCAAAGAGUUAGCAACUUCAUGUUAUGGCAAUUAGCUUAUACUGAACUCUAUUUUGCAAAAAAGUUAUUUCCUGACAUGGAAGAAGUUGAUUUCAUCGAGGCUUUAAUUUCGUUUCAGUCGAGAGGAAGACGGUAUGGUGGAUCGAUCACAUAAAGUCUGAUAUUAAAGAACUUUAAUAUAUAGUUGAGAAUUAAUCCUCUAUUCAAAAUAUGUAUUCUCUCUUGAAUUUCUUAUUGUUAGGAGUAAUAGCUAGUAAGUACUAAUUAUUCAUUUCUAUGUUGGGUCGAUUUCUGGUUACCGUAAGAAAUAAGUAUAACUCAUCCUUGGAAGUUAUA